CCUGCCGCGCUGCCGCGAGCCCGCGGAUAGUCCGCGCGCGGGCCGGGCCGGGCCGGCGCCCCUCACCCUCGCGCUGCCGAGUCUCCCCGGACCCCGGGGGAUGCCCCGGCCAGGGUCUCCUCAUGGCCACCGACGUUUUCAUGUGCUCCCCUCGCCGGCCCCGCAGCCGGGUCCGCUCGGUGCUGCUCAAGCCGCCGGUGCCGGAGGACGACGACGACUCGGACACAGACGAGCCGUCCCCGCCGCCCGCCUCCGGCUCGGCCCCCGCGGCCCGGGCCCACGCGAGCGCCGCGCUGCUGCCGCCCCGGACCGGCUCGGGCCGUGAGGAGCCUCCGCGCCGCCAGCAGAUCAUCCACAGCGGCCACUUCAUGGUGUCGUCGCCGCACCGCGAGCACCCGCCCAAGAAGGGCUACGAUUUCGACACGGUCAACAAGCAGACGUGCCAGACCUACAGCUUCGGCAAGACCAGCUCCUGCCACCUGUCCAUCGACGCCUCGCUCACCAAGCUCUUCGAGUGCAUGACCCUGGCCUACAGUGGAAAGUUGGUGUCUCCGAAGUGGAAGAACUUCAAGGGCCUGAAGCUCCAGUGGAGGGACAAGAUCCGGCUCAACAACGCCAUCUGGCGGGCGUGGUACAUGCAGUAUCUGGAGAAGCGGAAAAACCCUGUGUGCCACUUUGUCACCCCGCUGGACGGCUCUGUGGAAGUAGAUGAGCACCGCAGGCCAGAGGCCAUCACCACUGAGGGGAAGUACUGGAAGAGCCGCAUCGAGGUCGUGAUCAGGGAGUACCACAAGUGGAGAACCUACUUCAAGAAAAGGCUCCAGCAGCACAAGGAUGAAGACCUCUCUAGUCUGGCCCAGGAUGAUGACAUGCUUUACUGGCACAAACAUGGCGAUGGCUGGAAGACUCCAGUCCCCAUGGAGGAGGACCCACUGCUGGACACAGACAUGCUCAUGUCGGAGUUCAGUGACACCCUCUUCUCCACCCUUUCUUCACACCAGCCAGUGGCCUGGCCCAACCCGAGGGAAAUAGCACACCUGGGGAAUGCAGACAUGAUCCAGCCAGGCCUGAUCCCUUUGCAGCCCAACCUGGACUUCAUGGAUACCUUCGAGCCUUUCCAGGACCUCUUCUCUGCCAGCCGCUGCAUCUUCAGCUCUGUGUCAUCUGCGCCCGCCUCAGUCUCAGCACCUGCGCCAGAUGCCAACAGCCCACCUGCUCAGGAAAGCAUCCUGCCGGCCGCUAUGCUGCCCACCGUGAGCCUCCCUGACAGCCUCAUCGCGCCCUCCUCGGACACCUCCCUCGAAGCCACGGCCGGCCCAGGCUGUGACCGCACCUCGCAGGCCCGGGACCCCUUCCUGCAGCCCUCAGACUUCGCUCCUUCAGAGCCACCACUGGGGGUCCCACAGCCCUUCCUGCCCGUCUUCCCCAUGCCCUUGCUCCCCUCUGGCCCUGCCCAAGCCCCAGGCCCGCCCACAUUACCCUCUGUGGCCCCUCCUGGCCCUGCUCUGUCGCCCCCUGGCCCUGCUACUUUCCAGCAGUUGCCAAGGUUUGGGGGGAUCAGCAAGCCUCCACCUGUCAUCACCCACACAGCCUCUGCCACCCUCACCCAUGCUGCUGCCGCCACCACCUUCAGCCAGAGCCAGGGCCUCGUGCUCACAGGCCCCCAUCCCCCGCCAUCACCAUCACCCUGUGCCCUCACCCUGUCACCGGUCCCCCAGCCUCCAGUUGUUGCGUCUCCCCAGACUCGCUUAACUUUUGUACACCCCAAACCUGUGUCCUUGACUGGCGGGAGGCCGAAGCAGCCCCUCAAGAUAGUGCCUGCCCCCAAACCUGAGCCCGUGUCCCUGGUGCUGAAGAGCACGCACCUGGCCCCAGGCCAGCCACAAGCAGUGAUCAUGACGUCUGGCCCUCUCAAGAGAGAAGGGAUGCUGGCAUCUACGGUGUCCCAGCCUGGCCUGGUCAUUGCACCUGCUACCAUUCCCAGGGCUCCCGGAGUCACCGAGUUCCACAGUGGCAUCCUGGUGACAGACCUCGGCCACAGCACAAGUGGCCAGCCGGCCCCUGUCUCCCGGCUCUUCUCUCCGGGCAUGGUGCAGGACUCGCUGGUGAAGGUGGAGCAGGCCCCACUCCGAGGGGGCAGCCCCCAGGUCCCGGCUGUAGGGCCUGGUCGUGAUGGCCCGAACUCAGGACAGGCCUCUCCGUGCGCCUCAGAGCAAAGCCCAAGCCCUCAGUCUCCCCAGAACAGCUGCUCAGGGAAAUCCACAAACCCCAAAAAUAUGGCUGCGCUAAAGAACCAGCAGCUGAAGCACAUCUCAGCUGAGCAGAAGCGACGCUUCAACAUCAAGAUGGGCUUCAACACCCUCAACAGUCUGAUUUCCAAUAACUCCAAGCCGAGCAGCCACGCUAUCACACUGCAGAAGACCAUGGAGUACAUCACCAAGCUGCAGCAGGAGCGGAGCCAAAUGCAGGAGGAGGCCAGGCGCCUACGGGAGGAGAUUGAGGAGCUCAACGCCACCAUCAUCUCCUGCCAGCAGCUACUUCCCGCCACAGGGGUCUCUGUCACCCCACGCCAGGUUGAUCACAUGAGAGACAUGUUCGAUGAGUACGUGAAAAGCCGGACCCUGCAGAAUUGGAAGUUCUGGAUUUUCAGCAUCAUCAUCAAGCCCCUGUUCGAGUCCUUCAAGGGCAUGGUGUCCACCAGCAGUCUGGAGGAGCUGCACCGCACAGCGCUGUCCUGGCUGGACCAGCACUGCUCCCUGCCUGUCCUCAGGCCGAUGGUGCUGAGCACCCUCCGGCAGCUGAGCACCACCACCUCCAUCCUGACGGACCCCUCCCGGCUGCCAGAGCAGGCGUCUGAGGCUGUCACCAGGGGUGGCCUGCGAUCGGGGGAGUCCUAGCUGUGUGACUGGCCCGUGGCCGCAAGAGGAUCAAGACCCCUCCAUGCCUUCCUGCACCCAGCCUUGGGUCUCUUCUCCUUGUGGCCGUGAGCCGUUGGGAUCCACACUCAGGUCUGAAGCAGGCCCGGGGCCUGCCUGCAGCAGCAGCCCUCGCGAGGACCUUGCUGUGCGCUCACAGGGCAACCUCAGCCUCCGCCCCCGCUCCCUGCAGGGAAGCACUUUGGCCCUGCUCUCCUGUGCUGCUGUGGGCGGUGGGGCCAGGCCAGGGAGGGAGCAGGUGGGAUGAAGAAGCAGAGCCUGCUGCGGGCGGGGCGUCCAGGGUCCCUGUCAGUCCCGUCCUGAGACUCACAGACUUGUCCCUGUCACACCCUUGCCCACUCGGGCCCUCCCAGUGCCACUGUACACGCUCUGGCUGCCAAGGGCCUGGCUAGGUAUCUU